AUGGCUCCUAGUAAGUUUUUAGAUUCAAAUCUACUUUCAAUUAUUGGAACGUUUGAGGUGAAAGGUGAGGUCUGGAAUGUGUGUGGAUACAAUGAUGAAGAGGUUGAUUUGUCAAACGUUUCGAAGAAUCAGAGCUGUACUAUAUGUGAGAGUAACAAUGUGAAGGUUAAGAUGCCUGAAAAGAUGGUCUCUUUAUCCCUAAUUGCUUGUAAGAAUGUUGAGGUUUUUGUGAAUUCUUUAAUUUCUGGAAUGGAACUCACAAACUGUCAAAAUGUUAGGGUUAGGGUUAAGACUAAUUUGCCAAGCUGUUCCAUUGACAAGUGCCAACAAGUUGGUUUCUGGAUCACUAAAGAGAACGCCUCUACUAUAAUGUUCAGUUCCUGCAAGUCUGGGGAUAUGAAUGUAAACGUUAACAGGAACACUUCUGGCAACCCUGAUGAGGAUGACUGGGUUGAACAGCCUCUCCAUGAACAGUUUGAGCAUACCCUUAAUGAUAAACUUAAAGUUGUUACUAAGCCGUCUUCUCUCUACGCUUAA